AUGCAAUUCAUAAAUGUUUGUUUUGGGGAUGGAAAAAUUCUACCCUCCCCACGCUUCUCUUUCUUUCUUUCUUUCUUUCUUUCUUUCUUUCUUUCUUUCUAUGUAUUUAUCUUUCUAUCUAUAUACAAGAUCUGUUCUAUCUAUCUAUCUAUCUAUCUAUCUAUCUAUAAAGCGUAUAUAUCUCAAGUUUCUUGUUAUUUCACCAAGAUUUUCACAUUCAUUCAUCUAUCUCCUCUGCUUUCUCUCUAUCUAUCCAUCGAUCUAUCUGUGUUUCACUCUAUCUCUCUCUAUUCAUAUCUAUCUAUCUAUCUAUCUAUCUAUCUAUCUAUCUAUCUAUCUAUCUAUCUAUCUAUCUAUCUAUCUAUCUCCCCUGCUUUCUCUCUAUCUAUCCAUCGAUCUAUUUGUGUUUCACUCUAUCUCUCUUUAUUCAUAUCUAUCUAUCUAUCUAUCUAUCUAUCUAUUAUUCAUAUCUAUCUAUCUAUCUAUCUAUCUAUCUAUCUAUCUAUCUAUCUAUGUUUAGUCAUAUCUAUCUAUCAAUCUUAG